GCUAAGCUAACUCUGCGGCGGUUGAUCAGCUUAAACUUGCUCUACUUAUGAUCUGUAAGAAUUGGUGUGUAGGUCGCCAUUUUUUAUAUUUUUUUUUUGAAACAAAGCAAACCAAAUUCCACAUCACAUCUCCGUGUUAAGGUUGUCGUGUACUUUUCCUCGCUAUUUCUUAAAACGUUUUCCUGAUCUUCCCAGCUAGCUAGCAUCAACGGCUAGCUAGCAUCAAAUGUUCAGAGCACGUUCUCUGACGAUGACGUUUUUUCCGGACACUUUAAAACACCACUAAACGUCAUCUAGAUGUUGUAGUGUUGACAAUUGGUAGCAAAGGGACCGUGUUCCUUUUUUUCGUGUCAAAAACAGUCACUGGGUUUAUGGUUUAACCCUUUCAGGCUCAAAUUACUUGCAAAGACUAGCUAAGUAGCACUGAGCUGUUGCAAAUCUGCAACAUCUGCCUGGAGAGGGUUAAGAAGACAAAACCAGUUUAAGAGGAUUUGAAACAGACAAGCUAACAUACUGCUAAGAGAAAUAAACCUGGUCAGUAAACUCUGGUUUAGACGCUGAGAAAUUCCCAAUCCCAGAAUUCCCAGAAGCCCCUGAUCGCUGCAGCAGACCACCAGAUCACAAACACCGCAGCAGAAGAAAGGAGGGAGGCACAGGAAUGUUUUUUUUUUAUUAUGGCUGGACUGAGCGCAAAAGGAGGCUCGUAUUUAAUAUCCCUAAUACUUUUCUGUAUGAACUUUGUGUUUAUUAACACAUCCGCACAACACGAGAGUCUCAUGAGUUUUCCCAAAGAACAUCUCAUUCCUCUCACCGCAGCCUACGGACUGGCGCUGGACAGAUACGCAGCCGGAAACUGGACCGAAUCUAUCCAGUACUUGGAGCUGAGUUUGCGUUUGCACCGACUUCUCAGGGAAAGUGUGCGGUUCUGCUCGGUCCAGUGUAACCGCAGCGGUCAUGAGGAGCCGCUUUUCCCCGCAGCAUCCCCGGAUCUGAGCGCCUACUGGCGCGUCCUGAGGACGGCGUCCUGUCAGAGGACAUGCAGGGCGCGUCUCCCGGUCCUGCAGCUGCCGCCUCCCGACACCGAGAUCAUGGACGAGUUCAGCAAAAGAGCCCCGUACAGAUAUCUGCACUUUGCUCACGCUAAGCUGGACGACUUGCAGCAGGCCGUCCCGUGCGCCUACACUUUCCUACAGAGGAACCCCGAGGACCAGGAGAUGCUUCAGCUGAUGGAGGAGUACAAGAAUGAGUACGACCUCGACGGCUUCCUCAUCGACCACGAACAACAACUUUAUGAGCCAUCCUUCAUCAGCGGCGUGAAGCUUGUGGACUUGGGGAAAUACAGCAGCGGUUCUGAGCGCCUGGAGGAAACGCUGAGACUCUACCUGCAGGAGUACGACCUCUGUCAGGCCGAAUGCGACGGGAUCGGCCAUUUUUCCUCACACACAGACUUCUACGCUCUAUUAACCGAAGUCUACCUUGACACUUUAAAAUGCAAGAUAAAGUGUGAGGAAAACCUAAAGCCCAACGUUGGCGGCUACUUUGUGGAGAACUUCGUUCCCACUAUUUACCACUACCUCCAGUUUGCCUAUUACAAACUGAACGACGGCCGCAGAGCCGUGCCCUGUGCGUACAGCUACUUCCUGUUCCAGCCAGAAGACCCGGUGAUGAAGGACAACCUGCUGUACUACGAGGCCUACAGCCCACAGUGGGGCCUGCAGUCCCAUCACUUCACACCCAGAACAGAAGCUCUUCGACAUUACAAUCAGACCAUCACUCAAAAACAAAUGUUGAUGUUUCUAAUGAAGUACUUGGAGGCGAAUGAUGAGGGUUUUAGCGGACCAGAAGAAAAUCCACUUUCGUCCUCUGAGUCUCCUGAUGCCGAGUUUGAAGGUGUGGGAGAUUAUGAAGAGUCCAUGUUUGCAAAAUGGAGGCAGAAGAAAGGAAAAGGAGACGCAGGAGAGGCCGACAUCUGAACUCAAGCAGUUACAGCUUCAGCUCUGCUGUCUUCAGGAAUGGUAAACUUAAAUUUAUUUAAAAUAGUGCCAUAAUAAUAAUCAUUUUAAGCAUAUUUAUGCUAUGAAGUUUUUUUUACCCUGUUUAACAAAACAACAACCACUGUUAUAAUGCCACAUUAAAUGUCCAGAAAGAGUUUGAAAUGAUUCAUCAGGCUUUUCUUUUAAAUCACAAAAACCAAAGUAUUUUGCUUUUUGUUUUUAUUCUUGUUUAUUGUAACUUUUAAUUUAGCUCUGUUCAGCUAAAUUAUAAAGCACCUUUUCCAGAUGUUUGUUUUAAAAUGUUUUCUAUAAAUAAAUAACAUUUUAGUUUCUACUUUUAUUAAAUAACCCAAAAAUCUUUCCUUCAAGUUGUUUUUUUUUGGAUGAGGAAAUUGGUAACAAUAUUCUCUUAGUCUAAAAUUAUCUAAGGUAUUAAACAUCCUUCCAACCCUAAUCUAAUCCCAAUUCUAGUCAUCUUUCCAAUCCUAAUCUAAUCCCAAUUCCAGUCAUCUUUCCAAUCCUAAUCUAAUCCCAAUUCUAGUCAUCCUUAGAUGAUUCCAACCCUAAUCUAAUCCCAAUU